AAACUCCUUUGACUGUAAUACUGUGAGCGUGACAUGUUUUGCCUCUUUCUCCACUCUAGACCACCAUCAUGAAAUUUGUCGCUCUCACUCUCGCCCUCCUGCUGGCUGUUGGCUCUCAGGCCGCUACCCUGCAGAAUGAUGCACCAAACCAGCUGGCCCAUGCCAGGAGUGUUAUGAACACGUACCUGGAUCAGGUGAAGGAGAGUGCUACCAGGGCCCUGAAUCAGCUCGAUGACACCGAGCACAAGGAGCUCAAGGCCCGCCUGUCUACCCGCAUCGAAGACAUGUACACCCAGAUCAAGACUAUGCAGGCUGCUGCUGUCCCCAUCACCGACAGUGUCGUCAGCACCAUCGCCGACGCCACCACCGAGUUCCGCGCCGCUGUCAUCGCUGAUAUUGACACCCUGAAGAUCGAUCUCGAGCCCAAGCGUGCUGCGCUGAGGGAGGUUGUCAACAGGCACAUCGAGCAGUACCGCAUUACCCUUGAGCCCAUCAUCACAGAGUAUUCUGCCAAGCACGCGGCAGAUAUGGAAGUCCUGAAGGGAAAGAUGGAGCCCAUUGUGGAGGACCUGCGCAACAAGAUCGCAGCCAACGUGGAGGAGACCAAGGCCGCCCUGAUUCCCAUCGUGGAGUCUGUGCGUGCCAAGCUCUCUGAGCGUCUGGAGCAGGUGAAGAUGAUGGUUGGCCCGUACGUCGAGGAAUACAAGGACCAGAUGAAGCAGGCCUACGACCAGGUUCAGAACGUCAAGGCUGAGGACCUCACUACCCUGAAGGAGCAGAUUGCACCUUUGGCCGAGGACAUCAAGGUUAAGCUCAACACCAUCUUCCAGCACAUCGCAGCUUCUAUCCAGAAGAACUAAAUCCCUCCCUGUUCCUGUAACUAACCUCACCUACCUAUCAGUCCCAGACCCAUUCCACCAUUCUCUCCAUUCCAUUCUUUCCUCACAAUGCGCAGCCAGACCACCUCCCAAAAUGAAGCCGGUGACUAACUUGUUGCACUUGUUUGCAACAAGAUGGCGGGACUCUUGCUCUGUCUCUCUCCGAUGAAAACACCUUGCCUUUUGCGCACAUGCUCAAGCACAUGCAAGCAGCAGACACAUAGGAACUCAGCACGCACAUGCUUUACUCUUCGCACGACAAGGCCAACUGCUUACGUUUUGUGUAGGAACUGUAUGUGAAUUACCACAAGUGCCUGAAACUCUGUGUAAUGAUGCUUGUCUGAUGAAAACUGUGCUUUGACGAAAUACAGCUCAAUAAACAAAUGACUUGUUUAUACUAAA